GUCAAUCACAGGAUUACCACCUUGCUGAGGAGUGACAUCAGUUAAUUACACUUUUUCUUUUCUUCAUUACUUAGACGGUCCCACUUCUGGCUCUUUGUGACAUUUUUUUUUCUAUGUUAUCCACCAAAGCAUGUGUAGCAGCUGUAAUUGCAGUUUAGUCAUUGGAGUGGAAUUUUGCAAUGCAUCACGCGGCUCUGGGACUGAGUCAGUCUCAACCCUCAGCCACUGAAUGAAGCAUCUUCCAGGGGAGGAAGGCGCAGGGGCAGCCAGAGAAGUGACGGGCAGCUGGACCAAAAUCUUGCCUGCUGUGGCGGCGUCUGCGACUCUGGACAAGUCAUCCUCAUGCCACUUGUAAAUAUCAAAGUGGGUGAUGAUUGCACAGUUAGUACAGACAAGGCUUUGGCUGAUGGAAAGGCUCUGGUGGAUUCUUUGGUUAAGGUGGUGGCAUGUUACCGGCACUUGGCCUCAUGUGUCGGUGGGUGCACAGACAGUUUGCAGCUGCGGGAGGAGUUGCGGCAAACACGGGAGAAAGCCCAAACGUUAUCCGAGUCCAUCUGUGGUCAACUGACCUCACAGCUCCGAAACAAGAGACUGCCUGAGGGGCAGCGGAAGGAGAUGGAGCUCCUCUGGGUGGCCUUCUCCUCCAGUCUAGAGCUCCUCCAUGUUGACAUGUGCAAAGUUUUCAACGUGGCGGAAAUCUUCUCUCUGGCCAACACUGAUAGCCUGGUGCAAACUGGCCUACAAGGAGGAGGCAGUGAGGUGGCAGCGCGGGCCCUCAGUCUUCCAGACUUGAACCAAGCUCAGAGCCCAACCCUCCCUGCUGGGCUCGAGAACCAGGAGCGCAGCACCAUGGAGCAGGAGAUCAGCCAAAUUGACCACAUGAUCGAUGACAUGGAGAUGAAGGUCAACGUGAUGCGCUGGAUGGUGCAGCCCCAUGGGCCGCAGUACACAGACCCACUCAGCAGCACCGACAGCGCCUCCCUGGGUCUGUUCUCCGUCGAUGAGGAGCAGCCUGGACACCAGCCUCUAUGCCAGCGCAGUCAAAUCGUUGUGCUCUUAUUGAUGUUUGCUGUUGCUUUGGUGUCAGCCACUUUAUCCGUCUGUAUUGUCAUUUUUGCAUGAGCUAAACCUUAAUACACUCAACUUAUUGUAUUUCUUUCACAACCCCCGUAAAGCUCAGGAAUGCUGACACAAAUAACUACUGAGAACACAGUAUAGUUUUCUUUCCAUACUCAUUCCAUUUUGUAAUAGCUGCUAAAUUAUGUGCUAGUGCAUGAGAUUUGUUCAAGGAUACGCUGCAAUAAAUCUGGAUGCAAACCAGUUUUCCAUUUAUUGCAGUAACUAACGCUGCUAAACACUUUGAACUGUCUUUGUUGAACAAAAUGACAAUAAAAAACAUGGCCAGUGAGAUCUGGUUUAAAAUUAAAAUAGCAUAAAUGACAGGCGGUUGAUUUUACUUUACCUAAAUGUUAAAAUAAAACAAUAAUUCCCAUUGUUUUGUACAGUACAUUCUCCUUUCCUAAAAAAAACAAGUCAAAGUCAAAUUGUUUUCCUUGUUGCCAUUGAGAAGACAGGUGCUGAUGCUUUGUAGUUAAUAUUCUGUAAUAAGCAGAAUAUUCACUUCCAAUGACAUUUUUGAUUCAGUUUUACUUGUGUAUAUAAUAUUUGCUGUAGAGCACUGACAAUGUAUGGUUAUGCAUUGUAGAUGUAUUAACUUUGUUAUGAUACUGUUUUUCAUUAAUUUGACUAACACCUUGGUAAGUUUAUGCACAUUUAAAAGACAUUAAAUUACCCAUUCUACUAUU